AGAACCACUUCUUAAUUAAUUCGUUGUGAAUUAUUGUAUUCAUUGAUAUUUCGCAAAGUGCACAUACACACUCAUUUGCAUUUUCAUUCUCGCAACCGUUAAGUCCACCAUCUUUUUUUUAUCGCGCUCCGUCUUCGCCGCGUGUUUUGUAUUUUUGCUGUUGCGUAUUCUCUAUUAAGAUCAGUCAUGAAUGACGAUAAUGAAAAAAAGUGCAUAUUAUGCGGCAUUAUAUGCACAUUGAUGUGCCAACGUUGCGGGGAAUCUUAUUGUAACGAUUUUUGCCAGCGCAAGGAUUGGCAACGACACAAAUACAUUUGCACCAUAAUGCCACCACUUGUUUCCUCUAAGUCCAUGAAAUCGAUGCCGGCUGCUGUUGGGAGUCGCGCUACAAGGAAAUUGGAUGCCCCUGCUCCAAAUGCCAAUCUGAAUCAAAUGACGGGAAUUGAGUCCAUGGUGCAGGAUCUAUCGUUGGGCAAAUUGAGCGUGGAGUGGCGGGGUACUCUAAAGCCGCCGGCGAACGAGUUCUUCGAGUGUCGUGUGACCCACAUCGAGGCGGAGGGUCCCAUCUGGGUGAUGCACGCCGCCAAUAAGGAUAACUUGAAGCGCUUGACCGACAGAAUUGCACACGAAAUGCAGUCCAAGCAGCCGUGUAACUUUGAGAUGCUAAGUGUGGAUGAUUUGGUUGGAGUUGUGGUGGACAAUAAAAUGUUUCGGGGAGAGGUGCGUGCUCUGAUUAGUGCCUCGGGAGCAAUGGGCGCCGAGGUGCGCCUCAUUGACUUCGGGUCAAUUUUUCGCUGCGAUGCGUGCGAUAUUUAUGGGGCUGUGCAGAGCAUGGCCGAAAUCAAGCGGUUCGCUUUUCGUGUCAAGCUGCCGACUAAUACGGACGUGCAGCUGAAUAAGUAUCUGUCUUUGCGCCUGAUGGGCAGUCAGACAGACGAUGGCAUCGAGCAUGUGCAGCUGAAACCCAAGAUGAAAAUUCCCAUUAAUUUGCCGUUGCAAAUGCUGGCCGUCAAUCCGGAGGUGAGCGUUGUUAGGAUCCUUCAACACGAUGACAGUCGCGAGGAGCCGCAAGUGGCCCUCUUGCAGAUCAAGGUGAUGAGCAAUCUAAACGAUGACUUGAACGCAUGUCUCAUUGAUAAGCCGGUUCAACCGUUCACUGGACGCUUGCCGCAGGAGACUCGCACAUUCUUUUUGGCGGCUCGCACCCACCGUGGAUUUCGCCGGGCUAUGUUGCUCGACUUUAUUGAGCAUCCGUCGCUUUAUUUGGUCUACGAAAUGGACGAGGGUCGCAUCUCGAUAACCAACGAGGUGUGUCGCAUUCCCAGCGAGCUGCUCGAACAUUCACUGCGCGUGUUUGCCGUCACCCUCGCAGAUGCCGGAAAUCUCAGGCAGCAACUGACCCAAUGUGCAUCAUCCGGUCUCUGCAUCAAGUUCCAAAUGGAGAGCCUGCAGGGCGUUGAGAAGGAGAUGAGUGCAGCGCAGGCAACGUUGCUGCUGGCCAACAACAAUGAGCCCGUUUGCGCUGUUCGCGUCAACAGCUUCCUAGGCCAUGUGGACGAACUGAGUUUGAAGUUCUGGCGCGAACGCAUUGAGAACGGCAGCUUGGUGUACAUUGCGCAUGUCGCCAGCAUUGUCGAGGUCUGCAUCAGUUCUGUGAUCACCAAGCAGUAUCAGCAGAUCUUCCAGAGAUUGGAUUACAAGUGUCUGCCCUUUAAAGACGCCGGCGAUAUUUCUAUCGGCAGCAUUGUGCUGGUUGUGAGUCCCAAUCAGGGCAACUACCGUGGCGAGGUCACUGCUGUAAAAAAUAAUACAUUUAGCGUUGUCAACAUCGACACUGGCUGCGCACAGGAUGUGCCGGAGAAAUGGCUGCGUAUGCCUUGCAGCUUUGUGGAGAACUUGCCGGUUAGUCUGUGUCGUGCCAGAAUCAGUACCAUAUGCAAUCUACCCUUGUGUGCUGUGCCAGAAAAUUCGGCUGGUCUGCAGCUGCUGAUGAAACUGUGCCAGCGGCAGUCAGAGAUGAAGGUGGAGUUCAAGGACUCGGAAUGCAGCAUUAUUGAUUUGCUCGACUUUUCGGUUGAGCCGCAAUCGCUGAUGACCCGCAUGUUGCCGUUGAUGUUUACGCCCGCUCCCGUGGAGCAACAGUCGACUCAGAACGUAGAUGCAUCAGCCCGUGUGCUAAAACCAGAAGCAAUUCAGGCGUCUCCAAUGGUGGAAUCCGCGCCACAUGAUGAAUUGCCUCCGCUACCACUAUCACCGCCCAAUACACCGAUUCAGAAAGGAGCACUGAUCGCUGGUGGGCAUAUUGAGCGAUAUUAUUUUAGCGAUAUGGAGCGACAUCCGAUACCGUUGGGCGAGAAAAUGCAAAUUAUUGUCCUGAAUGCGAUUGAUGUGCACAAAACUGGUUGCAUUACGGCAUGCUUCUUCUCCAGCGAGGAGGUCGCCGAGCAUUUCCAGGACUUGCUCAAUAAGGUGUUCACUAUUGGCAAGACACACGACAAGCUGACAUCACCACGAUAUAUACCGGACGUUGACGAAAUGUGCCUGUGUCUCUAUGCGGAGGACAACACCUGGUACCGUGGUGUUUGCCAGCGAGUUACGGCUCAGGAAGCUUGUAUUCUGUACUGUGACUUUGGCAACUCCGAAAUGGUGCCGCUCGAUCGUAUCAAACCGAUUCCGAAGAACCUUUUGCAGAGAGUUUAUGCCACCAAGUGUUUUAUCGAUGGCUUCGAUAAAGACAAAAAUUUCUUGAGCUUGGAGAAAUCUCUUGCAGUGAAAAAUAAAAUUCUGUGUAAUGUGCUCGAUGGACCAGAGCUCAAUACGCGUCGGAUUUACAUUCCCCAUUUGGACAAGAUUUUGUCACGUCAAAUAAUUUAAUUUUUGAAAUACUUGAAAGCAUUCAUUCUCAUGACGAAGUGGAUAGCGUCCCUUUUAUUUUUAAUGUUCUUCGAAGGCAAAUAUUAUCUCGUAUUCCUUUCAAAAAUACUUUGAAUAAAUUACAUUUUCAUUUAA